CAUUUAUAUUUCAACAAACGACUGCGUUUUUCUUUUCCUAAAACAGUGGCUGCAACCACCAAAUUACAGUCCUCUAAUUCCAGCUCAAAGGCCCACAAACGAUAAGGAAACCAAAACCAAAAUGGCUGAAAACCAAACAGUCCGUUUCGGCAUUAUAGGAUGUGCCGGCAUAGCUAGAAAAGUGGCUCGAGCCAUAAAGCUCGCACCGAAUUCCACCCUCUACGCCAUUGCCAGCCGUUCGAUCGAGAAAGCCCAGAAAUUCGCAGGCAACAAUGGAUUAUCUGGGACCGUCAAGACCUACGGGAGCUAUGAUCAGCUGCUGGAUGACCCAUGUGUAGAUGCAGUGUACAUGCCCCUUCCCACUAGUCUUCAUCUGCACUGGGCAGUGUUAGCUGCCCAAAAGAAGAAGCACUUACUGCUGGAAAAACCAACGGCUCUUGAUGUGGGUGCGCUUGAUCAGAUAUUGGAAGCAUGUGAAUCCAACGGUGUACAGUUCAUGGAUGGGAGCAUGUGGCUGCAUCACCCGAGGACAGCCAAAUUGAAGGAGCUCAUCUCUGAAUCCAACCAUUUUGGUCAAAUUAACAUUAUCCGUAGCACAUCGACAAAGUCAGUAACCCAGGAUUUUCGUGAGAGCAACAUAAGAGUGAAACCGGACUUGGAUGCUCUCGGUGCGCUUGGGGACCUAGGCUGGUACUGCAUUGGGGCCAUCUUGUGGGCAAAGGACUACAAAUUACCGACUCUAGUGAAUGCUCUGCCUGAUGUCACAAAAAACUCUGCAGGGGUCAUCUUGUCUUGCACUGCAUCAUUUUAUUGGGAACCAUUAGACGAAACGGUUGCAACGAUUCACUGCUCUUUUCUUUCCCACACAUCCAUGGACUUGGCUAUAUCGGGCUGCAAUGGUUCGCUGCACUGCAACGACUACAUUAUUCCUUACCAAGAGAAAUCUGCUUCGUUUGCCUUCACAUCCGGUGCAACGUUCUUGGAACACCAUAUUGGGUGGAAUGUAGGGCCUGAAGAAGUUAGAGUGAUUUCUGAGCUGCCGCAAGAGGCCUUGAUGGUUGAAGAGUUUGCAAGGCUUGUUAAGGGCAUUAUGAAAUUUGGACACCGUCCAGACAGUAAAUGGCCCGAGAUUAGUCGAAAUACGCAGGUAGUAUUGGAUGCAGUGAAGAAAUCCAUUGAUCUUGGUUGUAAACCUGUUAAGUUGUAAUUUCUUUUGUCGGAUUUUAGCUCAUAUGCUUUCUUAGUAGGCAUCUACAUUUAGCAUGGAACUGUCUGUGCACACUGUAUGUUGUGUGACAAAUACUUUGUGUCUUAAGAUACUGCUAAAUGAAAAGCGAAAAAGAGAAAAUUUAUUGCU